UUGGAUGCUCACUUUAUGUCAUGUCAGCCCCCGUUGAGGUAAUCCUCACCAGUGAGGUAAGCGGCCAAUUAUGGAACAUCUGUGUCUGGGAUGUGCACUCAGGAACGGUACUAGGAACCUUCAAGGGUGGAAGUAGUGCACCCCGCACGCUCGCACUUCUCCGUGGGGAGUACUUGAUUAGUGCUCUAAACAACAAACCGCUGCUACAUGUGUGGACUAUACAGCAAAGGGACCAAACCUGUCAGAAAGUAGUCUGUCCAGGACGGGUCUCAGCACUGACCACUGCCUCCGAUGGCAGCUACUGUGCAGCCGCAAUCUCGGAGCGCAUUCACAUAUGGGAGGUGUCUACGGGAAAACUACUCACCGUGCUGUCGCGACACUACCAAACUGUGAACUGUCUGAGCUUCACAGAUGACGUCUCCCACCUUGUGUCAGGUGGUGAGGACAACCUGGUGCUUGUGUGGAAUUUAAAUAGUGUGCUGUGCCCGGACAGAAGUACUCUUGGGGAGGCAGAGCCUAAGUACAGCUGGUCCCAUCAUUCAUUGCCUGUCACAGACCUUUACGUAGGCAUUGGCGGAGCUAGAGCCAGAGUUGUUACGUCUUCACUAGAUCACACCUGCAAGCUGUAUGAGUUGGCAUCGGGAUAUCUGCUGCUUUCUGUUACCUUCGACGUGCCCCUGAGUUCUGUCCGUCUGGACCCAGCAGAGUACAGCCUGUUUGCAGGCGGUGUAGAUGGACGGAUAUUCCAAGCACAUCUCUUUACGCAGCCCGUUAGGACAGAUCGACAUGUAGGAAAAGAAGAUGAGGAACAGUUUCACGUGUUCACUGGUCAUAGUAAAGCAGUAACCUCUCUAAGCAUGACACUAGAUGGCAGCACUUUGUUGUCAGGCUCACAAGACAGCACAGCAAUGCUAUGGGACAUCAGUAGUACUCAGUGCAUCCGAACAUUUCCACACAAAGGGCCGGUCACAAACGCCGUGAUUGUACCAACGCCAAUAAACCUGGUUACGCCCAACGCAAAGCCUCGUCUACCCUUCCAGACAUUCAAACGACAGAUGGAGACCGGAGAAUCAAACGUGCUGAAAGUCUGCCUCUCUGGGGUGCAGGAGUCACAAUCUGAAGAUGUGUCUUCGUUGAUGGAAGCUGUUUUGCACAGGGUGUCCGAGCAAGUGAAUGACCAUGAAGUAGAGUCACUAGAAGAAAAGGUCGCUACCUUACAGCAAGAAGUUUCUAAGCUGACAAAAGUAAACAAAAAAUUAUAUGAGUAUUCUGUAAAUGAACUUUUAAAAUAAAAAAAUUUUAAAUGA